AUGGGUUUGAAGCCUUCGAGGUUCUUCUGGUCGCUGAUCAAGAAGCCGCUAGUGAUCGUCUCCGAAAUGCUCCAACACGCCAACCAAUACGUCCCCGUCGAAGCGUUGGUGGCGGGAAAGCGUAUGGAAGGCAAGAGGCCAAGGGUGGAACAAUCCCAGGGAACAACCUCAGCAACCCUAGUGCCACCCCAUCGGGGGCCUGAUCGACAAGAGCUACUCCCGAGGCCCCCGCCUCUUCCCCUGAAGACCUCUUGCAUUGAGAUCUUUCUCCAAAUUAGGGAAAAAGGUCUCUUGCGACAUCCUCAUCCUAUGAGGACCACUCACAAGGAUCGGUCUAAAUAUUGCAGGUUCCACCGAGACUACGACUAUGACACGGAGGACUGCCACGACUUCCAGAAUCAAAUAGAGGGGCUGAUCCGCAGAGGCCACCUUGGACGCUAUCUCAGGGAACCCGAGGAAGCCACUCUAUGCCACAAGGAACUCGUUGAAAGACAAAUCGACGUUAUCUCUGGGGGGCCUGCAGCCGGCGGCAACAGCUCUACGGCAAGAAAAGCCUAUGCCCGCAGCAUGGUCAAGAGACGUCCCCGGCCCGAAAUCGAGCCUGAAAUCACCUUUGGGGCCAGAGAAGUCGAGCGCUCCCACCAUGAUGACACCAUGGUAAUCUCCAUCCAGGUCACCAACGCUCGAGUAAAAAGGGUGAUAGUCGACACCGGGAGCUCCAUCGACAUUCUUUACUUCGAUGCCUUCUAA